AUGAAUAAAGAAGGUCCUGGUUUCUUAGGUAUCUCAUUCAACCUAUUCAAGCAUUCAGAUUACGACGAUAUCGUGAGUUGGAAUGACAAUGGAGACGGAUUUCAAGUGAAAGACAUCAAUAUUUUUCAGAAUGACAUCUUGCCCAAUUACUUUAAACACUCCAAUUUCGCCUCUUUUGUUAGACAGUUGAAUAUGUAUGAUUUUCAUAAGACAGAGAAGAAUUCCUUUAAACAUAAAUUGUUCAAAAGAAAUUAGAAAGAGUUGCUUCCCUAAAUUAAAAGAAAAGUCAAUGAUUAAAUCAUCAUACUGCCAAACAUCGAAUAAAUUAAUCAAGACUUGUCUAUGUUAACGUUGAGAAACUAAGAGUUGGAGUCUCUGUUUACCUACAUCAUUCAACAAAGUGAUAAAUUAAAAAAGGAGAAUGCCUUUUUAUGGUAAGAAUUAAUUAAGAUAAAAUAAAAAAACGAUCACUAAUAAGAAAAACUAUUCGAUUGGCUCACCAAUAACAUCACUGCAGAGUCUCUCUUUAAAAUUCUAGAAAAAAGCAUUACUAAAAGGGAUCUCAUUAAAUUGGUAACGAGAGUCUUUGGACAAGAUCAGCAAAAUAAAAAAAUCAAAAAAGACUAUAUCAUUUGA